CUUGAACCAUCAUUAUGAUCAACAGCAACAACACAACCGCUCUGGCCCUGUAUAUAUCUCCUUCUCUGUUUAUAUCUUGCUUUGCUGCUCCUCUCACCGUACACACACAAACAAUAAAUAUUAACCCCCACGUAAGUCAACUCCCCAUCCAUCUUCACCUCUAGCAUUCACCAUCACCGACACCCUACGGACUCAUCACCGUUGUGAUGGCCGCAAAAUCCCUGCGGCGCAAAGCCGCACCAUAAAAAUAGGUACUUGUCUAUCGUACAUUAUCAUUUCGUCGCGUUAACUCCGGUUUGGUGGCAGUCUGACAAAACCGUGUCCGUUCGGUGUGUUCCGUGCGGCACAUAAAUACGACCACCGUGACAGUUGAGACAAACCGUCGGUACGUCCCGGUAGCAACGUUUGCGAUUAUUUCUUCUCGAAAGAUCGUUGAUCGCGCUACGUUUCUGGUGCGUUUUACCGUGAACGACACGAAAGCCUUCCGUCCAAAAAGAGGUUUUCAUCCCGAUUCCCAGUGCUGAGUUCGGUUGCCUGCUGUGCCUUUUUAAAAGGGGCUCCAAUUUCCCACACACACACACAAAAGGGAACGCGUACCGUUUCCCGUUCCGUGACAAAAGUGGUGGCGGUAGUGUAUAAUUUGCACAAAAACUGUAAGCUUGCGGAAAACAGUGGAAAAGUUUUACUUCUUCUUCGUUUCGUUUUGUCCAACCACUAACCACUCGGGUUUAACCACGGACAGCAAUUGGACGAACAAUCCGCAACGCGGUCACCAGUGGUAGCGAGACUUUUAGUUUUGGGUGCAAAUAAGCUACGACAAUAGCAUUAACGGUGUUAAAGUGGAAGGAAGUGUGAGUGGAAGGAAGCAAAAUUUCUCUCGCCAAAAGUCACCCUCUGACUUUCGCAGCAAGAAUCGAGGAAAAAAGUGUAGUGUGACAAACAAACAAAAGAAAAAAAAACACGGUUUAUUUUUUUUCACGCUUCAAAAUAAAAAAAAACCUCCCGAUCCGUGUCAACACCUCUCGUGUGCCCCUUUUGCUUAUCGGUCGGUGGGUGGCAAAUGAAUGCUGUUAAAUAAUUUAAAUAAAAUUGGCAAAGUUUUAUCGUCGCUGCGGUGCCAGUGAAACUCUCCAACGUGACGUAAGCUCAAAAAUUAAUACCACGAAAAAACGCAAGACGAAUCUGAACGACGGUAGGUUCCAGUUUUGUGCGAAUUGGCAAAGGAAGUAUGCUAGAUAAAACCGCACUACGAAGGUGUCUCCGUUGGACGCUACUUCGGGCACUGUUAUUUGCUACCGUGCUGAGUACAGUUCUACCAUGGCCUAUUAGUGCACUGCCCUACGGUAAUGCCGGUAUCGAGCUGGACGAGGAGCAUGAUGCCAUCUCACUGACAGCUUGCUACGUGGAGGAUCUGCGCAACAUUCGUGAGCACAACCAGAACCCGCUGGUGAUAGAAAUCAAUCACUGCUACCUGCAAGAGCUGCCGAACGCAAUCUUCAUACGCUUCAACGAUCUGAAGACAUUGGAAAUUUGUGACAGCCGUGUCAACAACUUGCAGGACUUUGCCCUGAACGGUCUACGAAACAUCGAGUCGUUGAAUUUAUCGCGUAAUAAUCUCACCACGAUCAAGUCAUGGAGUGAUCACGAUCUGGACACACUGCAAGUGCUCGAUCUUAGACGGAAUCUCAUCCGCUCGAUCGAUGAAUUCUCCUUCCACCGGUAUCCGGCACUGGUUAAGCUAAAUCUGGCGGUUAACUUCAUCGCCACCAUUCCCGAGGGGAGUUUUAAACCAAUCACGAACCUAAAGAAUCUCAAUCUAGGCAAAAAUUUGCUAACCACUGUUGCUGAAGGUACACUCCGUGGGCUCAACAAACUGACGCACGUAGCGUUUCACCAUAAUCGCAUUCGGACGAUACAUCCGUUUGCAUUCGUCGGCAACAGUCACCUAAAAGUGUUGCAACUACAGGGUAAUCAACUAGGAGCAUUUGAACCGGACCUGUUCGGGAAUCUCCCACGUCUCACCUUUCUGAACGUCAGCAGUAACGAACUUGAGACCAUCGGUAAUUUAAGCUUUAAAAAUAAUGGUGAUCUACGAAUGCUUGAUCUAAGCUAUAACCAGAUCGGCCAUCUGGAGGACUAUAGUUUCAAAGGAUUGUAUGAUCUCGAGGCGCUCAACAUCAGUCACAAUCAACUGGAAGCGGUGAGUAAAUAUGUGCUGAAAGAUUGUACUAAUCUGCGCGACCUCGAUCUCUCCGGCAACAAGCUGGCCUACGUCGGUCUGAAACUAUCCAGCUCAGCACCCCGACUGACGCGACUCAAUCUGUCCAGCAAUGCCAUCAGUGAGAUUGAACGAGAUGCGUUCGAAGAUCUGCCGAAGCUAAAUACGCUCGAUUUAGCACGCAAUCAACUCACCGAUGAUAGUUUCUUAUGGCCAUUAAUGAAUCUCAGCGUACUUAACAUGAGCCAGAAUGGGUUCCGAAGAAUCAACGCAUCGUUGCUGGAAAGUCUUGCUUUAGCUGAGCUGUACGAAAACCCUUGGGAUUGUCGAUUUCUCGUGCAGGAACUAGUACACCACAGUAGCACUGUGAUUUAUGGCAAAAACUAUCUCGUAGAGGAUACGGGCCGUGUUCUUACAGCAACUGGUAUCGAAUGUACGGAUGAACGGGGAAAGCAUCGGGAUAUUGUGGUAGUGGAACCACCACCGAAACCUACCGAAAGCGAACUGGAGUUUCAACGGUACAAGUUCUUCCACGAAGGCCACGUUGACACACGUCCCAUUCAGGAUAACUUUGACACAAAAUCCACCGUCAUUUGGUUGAUGUCUGGUGCGAUCGCCGUGUUUGGUGCGUUCAAGCUGAUACAAUUGUUGCUGCGACACUCGGAACAUCAGAGUGAAAAGUGGCGUCUAGCUCAGCAUCUCGAGUACAACAUGCCGGACGAUCAGGAUAUCGCCAUCAGCAAAGCGGAUGGAAACGGAAGUGGCCGGACGACAAAUGAGUACGAUGGAAUGAAAUAAUUAUUGACGGGGCAAAGGAGCCAACCAACCAUCGGGAAACCAUUCGGGAGGCCGGACAAACAAAAUGAAAAUUAUUUCCUCGCUUCGAAGCUAAUUAAAGUGCUGUCGCUUCGCAUCUCACACUCCAUGCUCGUGUUGGUAUAAUUUAUUGAGGACAGGGAAAAAACAGGUGAUUGAAAGCAUAUCCGAAACGUAGCGAAUUUCGAACUGUAUGCGCUGGUUUGGUUUGUCAUGUGCUACGGACGAUUAAACCGAGGGCGUGCGGGUCAACCGACAUACAAAAUUACAUUGCAACAGGAGUAAUAAAUUUUAGUGUCAUUUUAAAAAUUACAA